AUGGUUCAUAUCAUUAUAUGCUUCCCUUCAUCUAUCACUUUCGCUCUUCUAGGUAGAGCUGCUACUGUUCAAGCCGUUUCAGACAGCUACAGUGGAAUACACCUUGAUGGAAGAAGGCUAUUUAUGAGAAGUGGGCAAGCUUGGGUAAAGCUUCUCCACACUAGUUUCUGGGAAUUCCUUAUUGUUAUUGGUCUUCUCGGAGUUUUGUUUGCUAGUCUAGCAAUAGUACCAAAGAUAUUAUUUGUACUUGGGGUAUAUAACACAGAAAUAUUGGGAUUUUGGGGUGUCCUAGGAUUUGUAGGUGUACCCUUUUGUGUGGCGUUUGCUCAUGUUAUGGUUGUUGGGAAUCUGGCAAAGGUUAUAUCGGUAUUAGAGGGGGAGUGUUAUGGAUUAGAGUCUCUGUUAAAGGCAAAGAGUUUAAUGGAAGGAAGACGACAAACAGCUUUAAUCAUGGCUCUUUUCAGCAAUAUUGGUUUUCGAUUGGUUGAGUGUGUGUUCGAGUUUAGGAUGCGCAAGGGGAUUAGUUUAUGGGAAUGUCCUCUUUUGGUUUCCAUGUACUCUUUUUUGCUGGUUAUUGACACGGUCAUGAAUGUUGUGUUCUAUUAUGCAUGUAAAUUUUGA